UGUCUUUCUCUUUCUUUCUGUCUCCGUUAUUUAAACUCUGGACGCUUCAACGGUAACCCACCACAAGAGAAAGCAAGCACGAUGAUUGGCCCCGAAGACGACGACGUUUUCGACCCCAACCGGCAGCUUCGUUUGUCGUCGUUUCUCCCUCACGUCAGCUACAGCUGCGGUUCCUGCGGGUAUCAACUGAAUUUGAACUCCGACAACCGCAACACCUCGGCCGUCAGUUCGAAUUACGGAAAACUGAUAAAGAGAGGUAUAAUCUCCUUCUUCUGCGUCGACGAGAGCCGAUUUGUUCAGGUCGAAAAGCUUCAAUUGAUCAUACCAUUCUUCACGUCCAAAAGCUCGUCAUGUUCAUGGGGUUUGUUCCAACGAAGAACCAAGCUUCUCUGCCGCAAAUGUGGUAACCAUAUUGGGAAUGCCUACAAAGAAGAGAUCAGUACUAGUAGUAGUAGUGGUAACAGUAACACAUCAUACUCUAUUUCCUGGGAUGGAAUUUCUGAUUGCAGAAAAAUUUAUGAUAUUAAAAUUCGUGCUCUGCAGCCUUCCUACGGUACUGAUGAUCAUGAGUUGAGUUUAUAAAUUAAUUCGCGUACGGUUGCAGCCUUAUGUUAGCUAGCGGUGAUUCUACACCGAACUCCAUCUAAUUAAGGUGUAAAGUUUAAAUCCCCGCAUUCUUUACCAAAAAAAAAAGUUUAUAAUUCACGCAAUACCAAUUUUCUCAUCAAAUAAUUUAUUAGGCAGUUUUUGAGUCAA